CCUCAGCGCACUGGCAGGCACGAGCCGCCGCCACCGCCGGGUCUCAGCGGGUGCCCGCGCCACUUCUCCUGUCCACCCCGAGGCGUCCUGAAAUUCGCUCCACCCGCCGUGGGUGCGCAGCAGUGCUGCCCAUGGCCCAGCCCGAGAACCUGUUUAGAGCGCCCGACGGGCUGGACGGCUGCGCGGCUCAGUAACUGGCGGCCUGCGGCACCCAUGUGCCACUGAUCAGGAGACAUUCCCCGCUGCAGCGCUUCAUGACCCAGCGGCGCGCGGCCCAGUGAAGCCACAGUGGUGUCCGGCAUGGCCGCGCUGCUCCUGGGCGCGGUGCUACUGGUGGCCCAGCCCCAGCUAGUGCCUUCUCGCCCCGCCGCCCCUGGGGUCGAGGCGGGUCAGCAGGAGCUUCUGCGGAAAGCGGGGACCCUCCAGGAUGACGUCCGAGAUGGUGCUGCUCCCAACGGCUCUGCCCAGCAGCUGCCGCAGACCAUCAUCAUCGGCGUGCGCAAAGGCGGGACCCGCGCGCUGCUGGAGAUGCUCAGCCUGCACCCCGACGUGGCGGCCGCCGAGAACGAGGUCCACUUCUUCGACUGGGAGGAGCAUUACAGCCAGGGCCUGGGCUGGUACCUCAGCCAGAUGCCCUUCUCCUCCCCGCGCCAGCUCACGGUGGAAAAGACCCCCGCUUACUUCACGUCGCCCAAAGUGCCUGAGAGAGUCCACAGCAUGAACCCGGCCAUCCGGCUGCUGCUUAUCCUGCGGGACCCGUCGGAGCGCGUGCUGUCCGACUACACCCAAGUGUUCUACAACCACGUGCAGAAGCGCAAGCCCUACCCGUCCAUCGAGGAGUUCCUGGUGCGAGACGGCCGACUCAACGUGGACUACAAGGCCCUCAACCGCAGCCUGUACCACGUGCACAUGCAGAACUGGCUGCGCUUCUUCCCGCUGCGCCACAUCCACAUCGUCGACGGCGACCGCCUCAUCAGGGACCCUUUCCCCGAGAUCCAAAAGGUCGAGAGGUUCCUGAAGCUGUCGCCGCAGAUCAAUGCCUCGAACUUCUACUUUAACAAAACCAAGGGCUUUUACUGCCUGCGGGACAGUGGCCGGGACCGCUGCUUGCACGAGUCCAAAGGCCGGGCCCACCCUCAAGUCGAUCCCAAACUACUCAACAAACUGCACGAAUAUUUUCACGAGCCAAAUAAGAAAUUCUUCGAGCUUGUCGGCAGAACAUUUGACUGGCACUGAUUUGCAAUAAAUUAGGCUCGGAAACUUUCCUAUUGUAAGUUCUGGUGUACAUCUACGGGGGGAGAAAGGAUUUUAAAAAGGCAUUUAAGCUAUAAUUUAUUUGUAAAAUCCAUAAAUUACUUCUGUACAGUAUUAGAUUCACAAUUGCCAUAUAUACUAGUUAUAUUUUUCUACUUGUUAAAUGGAGGGCAUUUUGUAUUGUUUUUCAUGGUUGUUAACAUUGUGUAAUAUGUCUCUAUAUGAAGGAACUAAAAUAUUUCACUGCAACAAAAAAAAAAAAAAGAUUUUU